GCUGCCUCACUCAUUCCCUGAGCAGCACACUGAGCUGGAUAACGUCUCCCUCAACCCGCAGCACAGACUCAUUUCUCCACACACCAGCUCUGAGUGGAUGCUCAGCAGGGGUGUUUGAGAUAUUAGCGCGCUGUGAGGGGAACUCAGCUCAGGGACUUCUACCAUCCACAUACAAAGAGCUGGCAGUCAGGAGGAAUAUGGGCAAAUCCGAAAGCCAAAUGGAUAUCAUGGAGAAAUCAAGUAAACCUGGGAAGCGUCGUUGGACUGCUGCAGAGAUCGGUCUGUCCGUGCUGCUGCUGUUGGUCAGCUGUGCCUUGGCCGGGCUGGUAGUCCUCUACACAUCGAUGGUGAAAGAAAAAUCUAACAAGACGAGCGUGUCGAGGAGCUCAACAAGUGAAGGCCAGCUGUUUCGCUCCAGCCACAACAGUGUGUGCACAACAGCGGACUGUGUUACUGCAGCUGCUCGGCUCUUGCAGAACAUGGACAAGUCAGUGAAGCCUUGUGAUAAUUUCUACCAGUAUGCCUGCGGGGGUUGGCUGGAGAGGCACGUUAUCCCGGAGACGAGCUCCCGCCACAGCGUCUUUGACAUUCUGAGGGACAAGCUGGAGAUUGUCCUCAAAGGUGUUCUUGAGAUGGAGAAUGAGCAGGACAGAAAGGCCAUCAAGAAGGCCAAAGUGCUUUACAACUCCUGCAUGAAUGAGAGCCUCAUAGAGCAGCGUGACUCUCAGCCCCUCCUGAAGCUCAUCGAGAGUAUCGGAGACUGGCCCGUGGCGUCAGAUGAGUGGAACAGCACUACAGAGGAAGCAUGGAGCCUCGAGGACACGUUGGCAAAGCUUAACGCUCGUUUCCACAAGAAGGUUCUGCUGGAUAUGUACGUGUGGACGGACGACCGGGACUCUCGGCGCCAUAUCAUUUAUAUUGACCAACCGGGACUUGGGAUGCCAUCAAGAGACUAUUACUUCAAUGAUGGAAACUACAAAAAGGUUCGGGAGGCCUACCUACAUUUCAUGGUUUCUAUUGCGAAGAUAACCCGAGAGGACAGGAACUUGACUCAGGAUGACGACCGUGUGUGGGAGGAAAUGAUGCAAGUGCUGGAGCUGGAGACAGACAUCGCCAAUGCCACAUCACCGGCAGAGGAGCGCCAGGAUGUCACCGUUCUCUACAAUAAGAUGACACUCGGAGAGCUACAGAGCACAUUCAGCUUUAAUGGUUUUAACUGGACACAGUAUAUUCAAGGUGUGCUGUCCAGUGUGUCCGUUGAGCUGCAGCUGGAGGAGGAGGUGGUGGUGUACAGCUCUCCCUAUCUUGAGAAGAUGCAUGACGUUCUCUCCAAACACAGUGUCAGAACUAUGCAGAAUUACCUCACCUGGCAGCUCAUCAUCGACAGAGUGAAUAGCUUGAGCCGCCGUUUCAAGGAUGCCAGAGCCCGUUACAGAAAGACUCUCUAUGGGACCACUGUGGAGGACGCUUGGUGGCGAGAAUGUGUCCGUUACGUCCAGGGCAGCAUGGAGAACGCAGUUGGAGCUAUGUAUGUGCGUGAGACGUUUGCUGGAGAAAGCAAACGAAUGGUCAGUGAUCUUAUUGGUAAGAUCCAGAAAGCGUAUGUGGAAACACUGGAGGAGUUAAGCUGGAUGGAUCCUCCCUCAAAGGAGAAGGCAAGAGAGAAGGCCAUGGCAAUCAAGGAGCAUAUCGGCUAUCCGGAUCAUAUUCUGCAGGAAAGCAACCAGAAGCUUGAUCAGGAGUACGCUCAUCUGAAUUUUAGUGAGGAACACUACUUUGAGAACAUCCUCGAGAACCUCAAGUCUGAAGCGCACAAGAGUCUGAAGAAGCUCAGAGAACCAGUUGACCCGGACUUGUGGAUCAUUGGUGCUGCUGUGGUGAAUGCAUUCUACUCACCCAACAGAAACCAGAUCGUGUUUCCAGCAGGAAUCCUGCAGCCGCCUUUCUUCAGUAAACAUCAGCACCAGGCCCUUAACUUCGGAGGAAUAGGAAUGGUUAUCGGACAUGAGAUCACUCAUGGAUUUGAUGACAACGGGCGUAAUUUUGACAAGGAUGGUAACAUGCUAAACUGGUGGAGUAAUUACUCUGCGGAGCAUUUUAAAGAUCAGUCACAGUGCAUGGUGCAACAAUAUGGCAACUUCAACUGGAAGCUAGCGGGUGGACAAAACGUCAGUGGAAUCAGCACUUUGGGGGAGAAUAUUGCCGACAAUGGAGGGGUUCGUCAAGCAUAUAAGGCUUAUCUGAAGUGGGUGGAGAUGGAGGGCGAGGAGCCUCAUCUACCUGGUCUAGACAUGGAUCACAAGCAACUUUUCUUUCUUAACUUUGCCCAAGUAUGGUGUGGUGCUUAUCGGCCUGAGUAUGCCAGCCAGUCCAUCAAGACUGACUCACACAGUCCCUUAGAGUACAGGGUGCUCGGAUCUCUCCAGAACUUUGGAGCGUUCUCAGAAGCUUUCCAGUGCCAGAAAGGCAGUCGAAUGAACCCCGAGCAGAAGUGUCGCGUCUGGUAGAAAGUUUUACUCUUGAGAAAUGUAUUUCUUGACUUGGGCAACUCAAAUCAAAAGAACAAGUUGUACUCCUUAAACCCACAGAGACAUCCUGCUUAUUUCCAAUUUAUUUGGGGCCGAGCGGUGACACAGAUAUUUGCAUAAAAUGUAGAUUUAUUUAAAAUGGAUGACAUCCUGAACUACACCCAACCUGAAGCACAUAUACUAUAAAACAGAAACUUGCUAGAGUUUGUCUCUGGAUGAGUAGGUCACUUGUGUUGUUUUUUUUGCUGUGUCCCACGGCAGACGACGAGUGGGUCCAUGAAUAAAAAGGCCACAUAGAAAACAAAGACCUUGUGAAAAAGGUUAAAGCGUAUAUGGCCGGCUUUAAAUGCUUGGCCAGCCUUUCUUGAAUUAAUCCUUAAAAAAAAUCUCUUGUGUAGAUCUUUGUGAUUUAUCAUUUGGCGCUGAGUUGCCCCGGUGUCUUUCCUCUGAUGUAUUAGUUUCAGGACAUUGUGCCACUUCAGGAGAAACAAUAGUGAACAAAUCUAACUCUGACUGAAGGGUAUGAAAUAAAUGAAAGCUCGGGGCUUUGCCGAAGUAAAGCUACAAUAGAAUUAGUCACACUCAGAGAGUUCAGAGUCAUUCACUGUUACAUGAAACAAAUUACCUAAAGACUUUAAGACUGUUAAAUCUUUGCAGCUUUAACCUUAAAUUAACAUUCUGAGAGAGCCGCGGCUUUCAACAUUUUUACACUUGCAGAGUGGAUAAAUAUUAAAAAUUUACAAAGCUAUUUAGUACUUUUUUGGAGAUUAUUUUUUAAGUUUCUUUAUCACGUCCUGCAAAUGAUUGUUGCUCACUGCAGAAAUGUAUGUCAUAUACAUAAACCAUAUUCCAGAUGUUUUGAAAAAUCCCGGCGGCCUGCUAAUUUUCUAGCUAGUGAGAAAACACCUGUUGGAGAUAGAGUGAUGUGAUAAUGAUAAAAAAAAAAAAAAAAAGAUUAUGUAUAUCACUGUUGCAUUAUUAUUGGUUACUUCCAAGUUUAGAUGCAGGUUUGGAUCUACAGUAGGUUGCUUAUCACAGCUGUGUUGUGUGUUUGAAGCUCGCUCCCUCUCUUGUUUCUGCUUCCAACUGUUACAUGGUUUUGACUGAGAGGUUAUAUAGCUAUCAAAACACCUGUUCGAUGGCACUUACCUACAUUUAUACAAAAUUAUAAUGUCUGCUUGUAUGAUAUCUGUACGUUUGCAUUGAACUCGACAUGGUGAACUGUUAUUUCUCCUUGAACACACAGUGAUAACAAGACUUUUAGCCUCUGGGCAGAGCCGAUUACAUGCUAAGGUGAAGGGAGAAGAAACCCACCCUCACACACACUCACACACACACACACACACACACGCACACACACACACACACACACACGCAAACACACACUCACACAUGGACAGGCAGCAGAUGAAGUGGUUUGCCCUCUGAUCUCGCAUUGAUCAGCGCUGUGUAAGAUUAAAGGAUGAGGAACUGUGUGCUGAAGCGUUGCGACCGCUGUAGCCGAACCACGAGGCCGCAGGCAGACACACACUGAAGAAUGGGGCUUGUCAUUAAAGAGAUGGCUGGGGCCAGGACUGUUAUUUUCUACCUUUAUUAACAAGUAAUGACCGGAGAAUCAAAGCAAAGCCGAGCUCAUAAGAGAGGCAGCUACCGGCUGCAGGAAGCUGAGGAGAGCUUUCAAACAAACGCACACAUCCAGUUUUUGAAUGUUUGCUUGUCAUUGGUCUCAUUCAGUAUGCCUUGGUGAACUGACUGCGACUUUUAGGUCUCCAAAGAGGCCGCCGAAUUGAAUGUCCAUAUUGAAGCUUUACGCUGUCUCUCAGUCUUCACAUAUUGGCAAAUACUGUUGUGUUGAGCAAAGGGAGAGGACACAUUGAUAUAAAAAAAGACUGUUUUACUCAGACUGUAAGUGAUAGUGAGCAUGCAUCUUAAAGCAAAAGUUUGACCUUUUGAGAGUUGAUAGACUUGGAUGAAAACAUUUAUACCACUCUCAUAACUGCUGGUUAAAUAUGAAGCUACAGCCAGCAGAUGGUGUAGAUUAGAUUAGCAUUAAAACAGGAAAUGGGGGGAAACAGUAAAUCUAUGGAGCCAGAACAGUGACUUUACAUUUUUGGCAUUGAAAAUACAUGUUGGCAUUGAAAACAAAGCCUGAAGUGAAAAAUGAAACAUUGGCAUUGAAACACUUAAUAUACGUUCCAGUGGCAUAACCAUCAUAACAUCAGUUAACAGUAAAGUAACAGUAAGCGUAAAAAAAAAAAAAUGUCACUGAAAAUGACCGUCAUGAGGGAAAAAAAUCUGAUAUUGUCAUUGAAAAAUCAGAAUAUCAAAAAUACAUUAAGAUAAUAAGAUUGUAAAAAAUUGGAAGCUUGGAUUUGUUUUUUAAUGCCUGUGUUUUAUUUUUCAGUGGAACUUUUUUCUGUGCCAAUACAACUUAUUUUCAAUGCCAAAAUCUAAAGUCACUGUCCUGACUCCAUAUAGGUCUGGCUCUUUUCAACAGUAACGAAAUCUGCCUUUCAGCACCUCUAAAACUGACAAAAACACUCAGCGCUCACCUCCCUUGGCUGUCUAAGGUCCCAGAAAAAGUUUUCUAUCAAAUUACAUUAAGGAGAGCAGAGCGUCCGAGAAAUGAAAGCAUAUCAGUGCAAACAGAAGUCAGGUCUUUGCACACCUGUGAGUAUUUUUCGUAUGCAUUUUUUAAAUCCGUCAUCCGAUAAAAAACCUUAUGCACAGAAACCUUGCACACUGAGUCCGAUGCAUUUUUUAUUCCAUUUGUGGUGAAAAUUCGCAUUACUAGACAAAACUGAAGUAAUUACACGGGUGCAAUGGAUAAUGCUAUUCCUGAACGAGGCUAAUGAAUGUAUAACAUUAGCAAGAAUCUAGAAAUAAUGACAAAAGAAAGUUUCGAAGUUGUUGUCUAAACGUGAUUGACACAACGUGAGGUAUAUAUUUUUAAACGUCCGACAAUUUUGGACGAAAAAUAUGGACUUGGUGUGCAAAGGCCUUUAGACGGAGUCCGAACGAAAGCAAAAAGGUUAUAAAACAUCUGGAAAACGUUCUGAAAAUUCCUGUUAUCCAAGUGUCUUCUGUCCAUUCUGGCUCAUGGAAAUCCAAACGCAACUAUUUCCGCUAAACUGCUCAACAAAGCAUUUCCCAUGAAGGAAUUUGUUGUGCAUGAAAAUGUUAUGUGUGGCAAUAGCGAAAAUAGUUGUUCUUGGAUUACCAGGAGGAUAAUGUUGCAAAAGAAUUUUCUAAACGUUUUUCAGAUGUUUUAUAACCGUUUUUGCCGCCUUUCUUUUGCUCUCCAUAAUAUGGCGGCAUAUUUGAGAAAUUGUAGGUAAAAAAAGGAAAUAAAUUACGGAACUGGGGGAGGGGGGUAAUACUCUGGGAAAAAACUCAGAAUUUACGAGAUUAAAGUCGUAAAUUUACGAGAAAAAUGUAAUAUUCUCUGAGAUUAUAAAUCAUAAAUGUGUGAGAAAGCAAAUCUGAAAAAAUUGUGUUUUUUGAUUGAAGACUUUUUCUGGGAUCAUAGUGAGGCUAGGGAGGUGAGUACUAUAUACAAUUUAUAUUGUUCCUGGGUGAACUAUUCCUUUAAUAUGUUGUAUCUCAAUUGUUUAAUCUGUACAACAAAUAGUGUAAAAACAAGAAUUUGCCAUUCAUGCUGGACUGAUAUAAAUGUUACACUUGUGACACCUUCUAUUUAACAGACCAACAUUCUUUGGAGAGUGGUAUCGAUCCUCUCAUCUCAUUCUCCUCCAGAAAGCGAUGAAGCAUCUCAACCUAAAUGUCAAACUAUUCCUUGAAACAACGAGGCAUAUUUAUCAUGUCUGGUUCAAAGAAAUGCUGGAGGAUAAAUUAUACGGUAUGGAUUUAUCCUGCUCUGCCGUUUGAAGGCCAACAGCUCAGACUCCUGAAUAUUUUGUCUGGUUUUCCUCAAGAAGUUCUUCAAGAGUAAAGCAGUACAAAAAAAUGUUAAGUGAACACUAAAAGGUACAUAAUAUACAAUGUGCUAUUGUAGAUACUUGAUGUUCUAUACUGCAGUAUUUACUUGUAAAGGAUUCCAAUCAGGUAAGAAAGGAAGCGUACGUUUCUUACCUUCGUUCUAACUUCACAUUUAUGUACAUGGUGAAAUUGUGUCGUUUUGAAAUUACCAGCCAAGUACAACAACCUUUUUGUUAUAUAUGAACAUCUUAUACUCAUCAGAAGAGUUUAUUUAUCUACAUAAAUAUUUAUGAAAUAACAUUGUUGCUUUGCAAGAAUUUAGACGUUAAAGAUGUUUUAUGAAUGUCUCUGCUGCUAUGUAAUUAUCUAGAUUGCUAUUAAAGUGACUGUCUCAACUGG